AUGAGGGGCUGGGGGCUGCUCUGCGGCAUCGCCCUCUCGCUGCUGCUGCCCCGUGAGUGCGGGGGCCGAGCUCUCCCCUCCCGCCCCGGCUUCGUGCCCCUGAGCGGCGGGGGCGCGGCCGGGCCCGGGGUGCUGAGCGGUUCCUCUCGUGUCUCCCCAGCCGCAGGGGUCUCGGCGGGCGCGGAGCCGCAGCCCGAGCUGGUGGUGCCGCGCUGGGCAGCCCCGGCCAGCCCCGGCAGCCAGAAGCAUCCCUUCCGAGCUGAAGUUACAGUGAAGGCAGAAGGCCAGGAGCUCACAUUGGAAUUGGAGAAAAAUGGAAAUCUCUUUGCACCAGGCUACACUGAGACUCAUUACAGCCAGGCUGGACAGCCCCAGACCACCUCUCUGUCCCACACGGACCACUGCUUUUACCAUGGGGUAGUGAGGGGCCUGGAGGGCUCCAGCGUCACCCUCAGCACGUGCCAAGGCCUGCGAGGACUUAUCGUAUUGAGCAGCAAUUCCAGCUACAUCUUAGAGCCAGUUCCCGACAGCCCAAACCAGCACUGGAUCUACAGGCUGGAUGACUUGAGGUUGCAGAAAGGAGCCUGUGGCUACCAGGGCACCGGGGAUGCAUCUCAGGACUGGUUCAGGGACUUCACAACUGGGAUGAAACCACCUCACCAGAGGGUGAAACGAGAGACUCUGCAGACUGCAAAGUACGUGGAGCUUCUGCUGGUGGCUGAUUAUGCAGAGUUUCAGAAGCAUCACUUCAACAUUGAAGCAACAAGGCUUAAAUUAGUGGAGGCUGCUAAUUACGUAGAUAAGUUUUACAGAUCCCUGAAUAUCCGGAUUGCUUUGGUGGGACUGGAGAUCUGGAGUAAUUGGAAUAAAUGUGAUGUAUCUGAGAAUCCCUACUCCACUCUGAAGUCCUUUCUGGCCUGGAGUAGCAAGGAGAGGGUGCACAGAAAACAUGAUAAUGCCCAAUUAAUCACGGGUGUGGCCUUCCAAGGUACCACAGUAGGCUUGGCUCCUGUGAUGGCCAUGUGCUCUGAUUUCCAGUCAGGAGGAGUGAACAUGGAUCACUCUGAUAAUGCUAUUGGUGUUGCUGCUACCAUUGCCCAUGAGAUGGGACACAAUUUUGGCAUGAAUCAUGAUUCAGCUGGCUGCUGUACUACCCCUGCAGAAGAUGGAGGCUGCAUCAUGGCUUCUGCAACUGGGCACCCCUUCCCCAAGGUCUUCAACCAGUGCAAUAGAAAAGAGCUGGAGAAGUAUCUGCAGUCUGGUGGAGGGAUGUGUCUCUCCAAUAUGCCGGAUACCAAAAAAAUGUAUGGUGGGAGGAAAUGUGGAAAUGGCUACUUGGAAGAGGGGGAGGAGUGUGACUGUGGAGAGGUAGAGGAAUGCAACAACCCCUGCUGCAACGCCAGCACCUGCUCCCUCAAGCUGGGUGCUGAAUGUGCCCAUGGCAGCUGCUGUCAUCAGUGCAAGCUGAUGUCUCCAGGAACUCCCUGCAGGGAAAGGUCAGGACUCUGUGACCUCCCAGAAUACUGCACUGGCGAGUCACCAUUUUGCCCCCCCAACUCUUACCAAAUUGAUGGGGCUUCCUGCGAUGGAGGAAAGGCCUAUUGCUACAGUGGCAUGUGUCUCACCUAUAAGGACCAGUGCUUGCAGCUGUGGGGGCCUGGAGCAAGGCCAGCACCAGAUGCCUGCUUUGAGAAGGUUAAUGCUGCUGGAGACAUCUACGGGAACUGCGGGAAGGAUAUCUACGGCAACUACAGGAAGUGCGAGAUGAGAGAUGCUAAAUGUGGGAAGAUCCAGUGCCAGAGCUCUGCUUCCAAACCCUUGCAGUCCAACGCGGUGGCCAUUGACACAACUCUCCGCACACAGAGGACAGAGCUGAGGUGCCGAGGGACCCAUGUGUACCGAUCGGAGAGUGAAGAAAAGGAGAUGCUGGAUCCUGGCUUGGUGUUGACAGGAACAAAGUGUGGCAGCCAUCAUGUUUGCUUUGAGGGACGCUGCCAGAACACGUCCAACAUCUUUGAUUCUGAAAGCUGUAGCAAGAAGUGCCAUGGGCAUGGGGUUUGCAAUAAUAACAAGAACUGCCACUGCAACCAGGGCUGGGCCCCCCCAUUUUGCAACAAGCUGGGGAGGGGGGGAAGUUUGGAUAGUGGUCCUCCCAUGCCUGAAGGCCCUUCAGCGGUCGUGGUAACUCUAGCAAUCCUGGCUCCCAUUCUCCUUCUCAUUGGAAUAAUGUUUUUAUUCUAUUAUCUGAAAUGCUGGAAUAAAUUUUCCAUCUGUUCUCUGAAGAAGACACCACAAUUCAGUGACACUUCUGGAAAUGGGCAUGCAAACCCUGCCUUCAAGUUGAAAACCCCCCAGGAGCAGAGGAAGGUGAUUGGCUUCCCUGAAAUCCCAUCGAAACCUCCUUCCCAGCAAGCUCCAGGGCUCCAAAUGAACAUGCAGCGGCCACCUGCCUUCUCUGCUGGCUACAGCUGUGGUGUGGGGCAGCCCUCCAGGCCAGCACAGCCCCCAGCAGCAAGGGACAUCGCCCGGAGGACACCCCCAAGCCGGCCAGCACCUCCUGCUCCCAAACCCCCUGUCUCUCAGGAUAUUUCUAGGCCCCGGCCACCCCAAAGAGCUUUACCAGCUAAUCCUGUCCCAGCCAGACCCAGAGCCUGGCCAGGGAACAGCUCUGCCCUCUCGCUGCCUCCGGCGCACCCCAGAACCCCAGGACGACUCCAGCCUGCGGCAGAGAAUACUGGCGUUGGAACUGCUGGAGCAGCAAGUGUCUUGAAAAUGGGACAACUGGGCUCCCGUGGGCACUCAUGAAGCAGUCUGUUCCCAGCUGGCUCUGACCUUCACAGGGGACUGGAUGGCCUUUAUCAACCAAAAAAACAUUCACAGUCACAGAAAGUCUCUCAGUUCCUCUCCUCUAGCUUCACCUGUUUCCUUUGUGACUCAACGAGCUGCAGGCAGGCUUGGCAGGAGUGCCACCAGAAACUGCUCCGUGCCAAGCUGAACUCGACUCUCUCUGCCAAUAGAAUUUUCCAUCUAGAGAUGACUUGUUUAUACGGUAUUUAAAUAUUCUUGUGCAAUAUCCAGUGCAGGGAUGGGGUGAUAGGGGUUUCAUGUGUUUUUAAUCAGUUAUUUAAGUGUUACCAGGGAGAAAAAGCUGUGAGUGCAGGUGCUGGCCCUGAUGGGCUUUCAUGUAAGACUCAGCCCUGUUGGUUUCCUCAGCCCAUCCACGCAGCUGCAGGAGCAUACAUUGGUGCUAUACAGAAACCACUGCCCCUUGGGAGUAAAAGGCAGCUGUUGAUAACUUUCUUCAGCUUAUUCUGAGUUUACAGUGGGUGGCAAGUGGGGACACAACAGGGAGCAAACCAUCAAAAUGUUCCUAGUUAAAAUAAAUUCUGGGUCACUAUGGAUUUUUAUUAGCUUUAGUAGUGCAGAUUAAUUAUUCUCCCUAUAUAACCAUCUUCAGCAAGUGUUGCAACCUAUUGGUCUUCCAGCACUUGCUUGUCUUGCCUCAAAGCUGUAAGACCCAACUGCAACCCCAGUGUGGCCCGUGCAUUCCCAUCCGUGCCACUGGGACACCGACAAGGUACGACAGGGAAAGUCUGGCCAAGAUCCGGAGCAAACGGCCAGAAGGAAGCUCAGCAACAACCAGUGCUGAAACCUCCUCUCCAGCAUACGGUACCAUGGAUUAUCAGUAGACACUUUUGCACAUCUCCUCAGGCUUUGCUCUGUGCUGAGCAGUAAUUCAGCAUGGGCUGUCUGCUCCCCAUAUCAGUGAGAAACUUACCUUCACAUUGCCCAGGUGGUAAAACAGCAGAAAUAUUAAUACAACAUAUGGUGCUUUUGUAGGGCAGCUCAUUUAAUCCUGUUUUUUUUUCCUCCACAAUGUGGAUGGAGAAAGCUGUCCAUAUGCACUUUAAGCAGCUGAUGGUUCUGACCCCGAGGACCCUCCCUUGUGAAUUUGUUUGGGGUUUUUUUUUAUCCUAAUGGUUUGGGGUUUUGUAUGUUUUUUUUCCUCAGGAUUUUAAAAUUAUGACCUUUGUUAUGCCAAAUAUUUCUCUUUUUUUU